AUGGAAGUACAAGGGACACGACUAUUUUUUACGCUUCAAAACUUUCGUUCAUUCUUCUCCCUUUUUCUGCAGCACUGGGAAAGGCUUCGCGGAUCUUACUAUCGCAAGAAUCCGAUACAUCCUUGUUCUUACAUUUUCUUGCAACCUAUCGCAAAGAAGCAUUCGUUGUCAUUUCCUGAAUUCGAUUCUAUCUGUUCUACGGUAUUCAAACCGGAUGUCAUCACAUUUGAAGAUGUAACAAAAGCGCUGACUAAUGACCAUCAUUUUACCUUUACUGAGCGACUUCAAGAGACCCUUAGUGAAAGAGAAGCAUUCUGCGACAUCACUUGGAACUUCAUUCGUGGAGCUUUCACACUUCAUAAAAUACGUUCAAAUGUUGAAAUUUCGUAUAGCAGUUCAGAAACCGUAUGA